GCACACCUCGACCGACUCACCGUUAAGUGCCGAGCGUACCUCGGUACACCCGCACUGCACGUCUGCACUACUGCGGCGGCUUACGGGCUAUUUCCUGUCGUUUUUCCCCCUGAUUCCUUCUUCCCUCUUCAAUUUUUGUACCGAUGCCUGUAAACACGAAUCCUCGCGCGUACUAAAUGUACAUCACGAUUAACGGUUCACAAACGUAUGACACACGUUCAUGGCUGGUCGACAUGUAGCGACGUGCACUUCAUAUUAUUAUGUAUUUAUGUUAAUGUAUUAUGACGAUGGUCUAGAAAAUGCCAUAAAUUACCUACUGCGAUUGCGCCGAGUAUGAAUUUGAAUGUUCAGUGAUUAUAAAAUUAAACAAAAUUAUAAUAAUAAUUAUACAAAAACAAAUAUUGUGCUACGCGUGUGGUCUAAAUCGUAAUUUAUAAUUAUGGUUUAAUGACGAUUUGUUUUACUCUCGUACUAAAUAAUUAAAGAUUACUUAUAGUUAGAAUACCGUCAUCAAAUAUAAUAUACCGAAAUCAUUCCAACAAUCAAAUUAAAAAUGGAUUUAGUUAACAAUGGCAUAUUGUUAAGCAAAAAUUCAGUUAAUAAUUUGUUUGGACAACGUGAACCUUGGCAAGUUGCUUCUAUCACAGCUUCCAGUAUAUUAACAUCUUAUUGGCUAUGGAAUUUUUUAUGUCAAGAUGAAAGUUUGUAUAAUAGGUUUAAAAAAUUUACAUUUACACAAAUUAAGAAAAUACCAAAAUUCAAAAAACAAGUAGAAGAAGAAACAAAAAAAAUUUCUGAUUUAUUUGAAAAUGAAGUGAUUGAAAAUACCAAAAGUGAAAAAUACAUUAUUGAACUCCCAUCACAAGGGAUUCCCCGGGACGAAUUAAUUAAAACUGUAAAUAGGUAUUUAAAUCUUGGUAAAUACAAUUGGAAAGAAGGGUUUAUUUCUGGUGCUAUAUAUUAUUAUGAUGAAGAAUUAAUUAAAUUGCUCACAGAAGUUUAUGGUUAUGCUUCUUAUACAAAUCCUUUACACUCGGAUAUAUUUCCAGGAAUCUGUAAAAUGGAAGCAGAAGUUGUACGCUUAGUUGCAAAUCUAUUUCACGGGGAUUCAAAUGCUUGUGGAACAAUGACUAGUGGUGGAACAGAAUCGAUUAUAAUGGCAUGCAAAGCUUAUAGAGAUUAUGGAAAAAAUGAAUGUGGUAUUAAAAAAGGUGAAAUUAUAGUUCCACGAUCAGUACAUCCUGCAUUUGAUAAAGCUGCUUGUUAUUUUGGUAUUAAAAUUAUACACAUUGAUUUAAAUCCUGAUACUUAUACCGUUAAUUUAAAAAAAAUGGAAAAUGCAAUUAAUAAGAAUACAUUGUUGCUAGUUGGAUCAUUUCCUAAUUUCCCAUAUGGAACAUCAGAUGAUAUAGAAGCAAUAUCAGCUUUAGGUCUUAAAUAUAAUAUCCCAGUCCACGUUGAUUGUUGUUUAGGUGGAUUCAUAGCAGCAUUUAUGCCACAAGCUGGUUUUCCACUACCUCCAUUUGAUUUUAUUUUACCUGGUGUUACAAGUAUAUCUGCUGAUACACAUAAGUAUGGAUAUGCACCCAAAGGUUCUUCAGUAGUAUUGUAUUCUGAUAAAAAAUAUAGACACAACCAAUAUUAUGUGUGCACAGAAUGGCCCGGUGGUCAUUAUGGUUCACCAACUAUUAGUGGAUCAAGGUCUGGGGGUAUAAUAGCUGCAUGCUGGGCCACCUUAAUGUAUUUUGGUAUGAAUGGCUAUAUUACUUCAACAAAGGAAAUCAUGGACACUAAAAUAUUUAUUGAAGAACAAUUACGUAGUAUGGAAGGUAUUUUUAUCUUUGGAAAGCCUACUACAUCUGUGAUAGCAAUAGGUUCAAAUGAUUUUAAUAUUUAUCGAUUGUCUGAUGCAUUAAAUGCAAGAGGUUGGAAUUUAAAUACUUUACAAUUUCCAAUAGGGAUUCAUAUUUGCAUUACACAUUUACAUACAAAACCUGGUGUAGCUUCAUUAUUUAUUGAAGAUUUAAGACAAGAAUUAAUUGAAAUAUUAAAAACUCCAAAUGUUCAACUCACCGGAAAAAUGGCUAUGUACGGAAUGUCUGCCACUUUGCCAGAUAGAACUAUUGUUGGUGAUAUCACAAGAUAUUUUAUUGAUGCUAUGUAUUAUACUCCAAAAUAAUACAUUUGAUAAGUUGGUAUAAAUAUAAUAAAUUAUUUCUAUGAUUAAAUAUAUCAAAUGUAAUUUGUUAAACAAGAAUUUAUUAAUAUUUAUAUUUUUGGCAUUAAAAACUAAUUAACCAAAAUAUCAUACAUGGUGUCUAAUUUACAAACAUAUAUAUAUAUAAUUUAAAAAUUUUUAUUAUUGCAAAAAACUGAAACAUUGUAAAAAUGUUAAUGGUUUUAACUCUAAGGUUAACUUAAGGUAAACGCUAACUUUUAAUAGUGUAUGUAUGUGAAAGCAUGAAAAAAACAUUGUGUCUAUAUCUCUUCUAAUAAUAAAAUAACUGCAAUUCUGAAAAUGGGAUUUAAAUAUAAAUCUCAAAACAAUUUUUUUGAACAAACUCAAUUUGGGCAAAAUACGUAUAGUUAUCACUUAUCAUAGUUUGAAAUCUAAUGAUUAUCGAUGGUAUGAUGGGAUCAUUGAUUGAUUGAUAAUAGAAAAGUAUAUGAAAAUUUAAUUCUAUAUUUCACAAUAUAUUAUUUGUUAGGUUAACUAUUAAAAUGUAUUUAUUUUAAUAUUAGUAAGUUAGUUGACAUUGGUGUUACUAAAAAAUGAAUAAGAUAUUUGAUUUUUUUAUAAAUGUUGGUAGGAUCAAUUAACUUGAAAAUUAAUAUAAUACUCCUCAAUCCCUCGUUAAUUAUUAUUAUAGCUAUUUAAAAAUAUUAAAUAAAUGCAUAAACACAUUUUUAAAAUAAUUUUUGUUACCUAUUAAAAAUUAAACAUUUUAAUACAGAAUGAGGAUUUCAGUUUUUGUAUUAAAUUGUUAUUUGUGGAGAUUUAAAAUUAAACAUUUUAAACACAAUGUUUUCUGUAAGGUUUAAUUCAAGAUAUAGUUUAUUAUUAUUUAAUAGUAAAAUAAGUAGGUAACUAUUAUAAUAGAUCUAUAUAAUUAAAUCUAUUAGAUGUACUUGGGGUUCGUAUUAAUUGUUAUGUUUUUUUUUUACAAAUGAAAAAUAUCUAUAUCACCCCCACAGAGUAGUCCUAGUUACGCCACUGUCUAACUUUAUAACAUUACCUAUAAUAUUGGUACCUACCAAGGCUUAAAUAUACAAGUAUAUUAAAGUCAUGAUUGGUACAUGGUUUUUUCAAAUUAUUGCGCUUCGUAUAUGUAUUUAAAUGAAUACACAUACACCCAAUGCAAUUUUUUUUUAAUUACCUGUGAAAUUCUUAUAAUUAUAAAUUAUUAUUAUGUAAUACAUAAUAUAUUAUGUUUACAUUGAAUAAUAUGUAUUAUGUAUCUAUAUGGCUAUAUGUGAAUAAAUAGAGUAAUUACUCCAUGGUUUUAACUUUAUGAUACCAAGUACCAACUGAUGCAAAAUUUGCCGCUAAAUUCGCAUUGAUCAUCGACUACUUUUUAUGUCGAUGUCGCCGUAGCCGUGGGAGGUGGAGUACGAACUUCUGGACUUAGUAAUAUGUCAACUGACUACAGUUGAUACCUCAGGCAGAAAAUCGUCUGCUCUCACUUUUUUCAGAAUUGUUUUUUUUUUUUUUAAUGAUUUAUCAUUGAAUUUAAAUUUAACAUAUACCUACAUUUAAUUUACUUACUUCUUAAGACUAAUAAGAUCUCAAUCACGAGAUAGAUUUAAAAUUUCAAAAUCAUCGAUAUACUAUACAUUAUACAACAAAGCUGUUGAUAUUUUAAUUUGAUGAAUCUAUUAUAAUCUCAAUUUAAAUAAAAAAUAAAAAUAAAGAAAGGGAAGAAGCCUGUUAACUGUUAAACUACUAUAAAAUAAGAGUAUGCUCAGAUUCCGAAUGUUGAAAUUAUUUGUUAUGUUCUCCAUUUGGUCAAACUGUCUAGAGUAUAAACAAGUUAUAAUCCAACCUUAUUACUUAUGCCCGCUGUCUGGAAUAGUGGUAUUCUGGAUUCCGAAUUCCGAUUUCCUAUUUAAUGUUAUUAAGAAUUAAAUUACUUGUUAUCCAACUCACAUUGCUCUUGAACUUGAUUUUGUCGUAGUGAAGUUCUUUUGGCCGUUCUUUUUUCAUUAAAAAUAUUCUCUCCACAUUUUACAGUUAAUAAAUUUGCAAGUAUUGCAUUAUUAUCUCUUAAG